UAGACAUCAGUUCACAAGCAGACUUCAACAAGUUUAAGAACAAUAACAAAAGCCAAAAUAAAAUGAAAUUCCUAUCGGUUGCCUUUUUGCUCGGUCUCUUGGCUUUGGCCAGCGCCGCACCACUGUCCCCCGAUCCAGGCAAUGUCAUCAUCAAUGGCGACUGCCGCGUUUGCAAUGUGCGCGCCUAAAUUGCAGCAGCCAAAUUAAUUUAAACCACACACAAA